AUGUUGAGAAACUUGAGACACGCUCGCAGAUUGCAUCUGUCAAGAGUCGUCGCUGACGCUGUUGUUGUUUCAGGUACCAAGCUUGCUCAAUCCAUUAGAGCUCUGGUUGCCGAAAAGGUUGUCCAAUACAACGCCAACAACGUCAAGGGCACCACAGACGCCGCCAACGGUCCUACUCUCCGUUUCAAGCCUUCCCUCACGAUUGUGCAGGUUGGAGCUCGUCCGGACUCAUCUGCUUAUGUCCGGUCCAAGCUUAAGGCUGCUUCAUCUUCAAACAUUUCCUCCAACUUGAUCAAGUUUGACGAAAACAUCUCUGAAGACCAGUUACUCGAAGAAAUCGACCGUUUGAACAAGGAUCCUUCGGUGAAUGGUAUCUUGGUCCAACUCCCACUCCCAAGACACAUCGAUGAAACCUUGGUGACAAACUCCGUGGCCACCAACAAAGACGUCGAUGGGUUCGACCGUUACAACGUUGGUGAAUUGUCCAAGAGAGGUGGUUCUCCAAUUUUCAAGCCAUGUACCCCAAGUGGUAUCAUUGAAUUGAUCAAGACUACCGGAACUCCUAUGCGUGGUAAGACUGCUGUGGUCAUUGGUAGAUCCGAUAUUGUCGGAACUCCAGUUGCUGCCAUGUUGAGAAACGAGGAUUGUACGGUUACCAUCUGUCACAGAUACACCUACGACUUACCAAGCAUUGUCCGUACUGCUGAUAUUGUCGUUGCAGCCGUUGGUAUUCCAGAAUACGUCAAGGCUGACUGGAUCAAAGAAGGUGCCAUCGUCAUUGACGUUGGUAUUAACUACAAGGAUGACCCUACUGCCAAGAAUGGCCGUAAGCUUGUCGGAGAUGUUGAUUACGCCGAUGUCUUGCCAAAGGCCGGCUUUGUGACCCCAGUCCCAGGUGGUGUUGGUCCAAUGACCGUUGCCAUGUUGUGUCAAAACGUCUACGAUGCUGCCAUCAGACAAGCUGAAAAGUCUCACCAACAUUCAUUCAAACCACUUCCAUUGAAGUUGCAAUCUCCUGUUCCAUCUGACAUUGCCAUUUCUAGAGCUCAACAACCAAAGAAAAUUGGUAAGGUUGCUCAAGAAUUAGGUCUUUUGGAAUCUGAAUUGGAACCAUAUGGACAUUACAAGGCCAAGGUUGACCCUAAGAAGGUCAUUGAACGUUUGGACCGUACCAACGAAGGAUCCACCGAAGAUAGAGGUAACUACGUCUUGGUUGCUGGUAUCACCCCAACCCCUCUCGGUGAAGGUAAGAGUACCACCACUGUUGGUCUUACCCAAGCCCUUGGUGCUCAUUUGGGUUACAACUCCAUUGCUAACGUCAGACAACCUAGUAUGGGUCCUACCUUUGGUGUCAAGGGUGGUGCUGCCGGUGGUGGUUACGCUCAAGUCAUUCCUAUGGAUGAGUUCAACAUGCAUUUGACUGGUGACAUUCAUGCCAUCUCCGCUGCUCAAAACUUGUUAUGUGCCGCCGUGGACACUCGUAUGUUCCACGAACAUACUUCUAAGUCCAUCAGUGGGUUCUACAAGAGACUUGUGCCAGCCAAGAAGGGUGAACGUAAGUUCACUCCAUCCAUGUUGAAGAGAUUGGAAAAACUUGGUAUUACCAAGACCAACCCAGAUGACUUGACCGCUGAAGAAAUCGAAAAGUUUGCUCGUUUGAACAUUGAUCCAGAUUCGAUCACCAUCAAGCGUGUUGUUGACUGUAACGAUCGUUUUGUAAGAGAAAUAACAAUUGGUGAAGGUAAGAACGAGCUGGCCAAGUUCCCACCUAGAAAGAGUGGUAUGGAUAUCACCGUUGCCUGUGAACUCAUGGCCAUUCUUGCAUUGAGUUCUUCUUUAGCUGAUCUCAGAGAAAGAGUUGGUAAGCUUGUCGUUGGUACUCAAAGAGAUACCGGCAUUGCCAUUACUUGUGAAGAUAUUGGAGCCGCUGGUGCCAUCACUGCCUUGUUAAAGGAUGCUGCCAAGCCAAACUUGAUGCAAACCUUGGAAGGUACCCCAGUAUUUGUUCAUGCUGGUCCAUUUGCCAACAUUUCCAUUGGUGCUUCUUCUGUUGUUGCCGACAAAUUGGGUCUUAAGUUGACUUCUCCUUCCAACCCUAUCAACAACGGUACUAAGGGUUUCGUUGUCACCGAAGCCGGUUUCGAUUUCACUAUGGGUGGUGAAAGAUUCUUCAACAUCAAGUGUAGAGCUUCUGGUUUCAAGCCAGAUACCGUUGUUCUUGUUGCCACCUCCAGAGCCUUGAAGUUGCAUGGUGGUGCUCCAGAUGUUAAGCCAGGUCAAUCCUUGCCAGAAGAAUAUGUCACUGAAAACUUGGACUUCCUUCGUAAGGGUUGUGCCAACAUGGCCAAGCAAAUCUCAAACAUCAAGCAAUACGAUGUUCCAGUUGUUGUUGCCAUUAACCAAUUCGAAACUGAUACUGAUGCUGAAAUCAAACUUAUUCAAGAAGAAGCUAUUGCUGCUGGUGCCAACUUUGCUGUUCCAUCCAACCAUUGGUCCCAAGGUGGUUCUGGUGCUCUUGAACUUGCUGAAGCUGUUGUUGAUGCAGUUACUCUUCAAAAGGAACUGGAAAAGAAGCAAAAGUUCCUCUACGAUGUCAACCAAACCGUUGAAGAGAAAUUGUUUGCCAUUGCCUCCAAGAUGUACGGUGCCUCAGCCAUUGAACUUUCUCCACUUGCUAAGAAGCAAAUCGAAACUUACACUCAACAAGGUUACGACAAAUUGCCAAUCUGUAUUGCCAAGACUCAAUACUCCUUGUCCCAUGACCCAGCCUUGAAGGGUGUUCCAACUGGUUUCACAGUUCCUAUCAGAGAAGUCAGAUGUUCUGCUGGUGCAGGGUACUUGUAUGCCUUGGCUGCUGAAAUCAUGACUAUCCCAGGUUUACCUACACAUGCUGGGUUCAUGAACGUUGAGGUUAACGACGAAGGUGAGAUUGAAGGGUUGUUUUAA